AAAAAUUGUGUCAGUGCAAAAAGUACAAUAAAAUAUUGAGUUUAAGUUUCCGAAUAGUUUAAAUUUCGUUUGAAAAUAAUUGUUAAACUGUUUUCUUACGAAAAAAAUUGAAUUCAAAAAUAUUCCAACAAUUUUUUGGGGCAAUUGUUAAAAAGGUUGUAGAUAUUGACAUUUGACACCCAGCAUGGCUAACAAAAUUACAGACUUUAAUGUGCAAUAAUUUCAACAUUUAAAACCCCAACAACAUGUGGCAGCGGUUGUGGCUUUAAUGAUGACGUUAGUGGCUGGUGAUAAUGAUCUUUAAGUGACAAAAUUUGUAAUUCGAAUACUCAGAGAACAGACAGACAGACAGGCAGUUAGAAGGAGAGCCAGAGAGUGCGGGAGAGCAAGAGAGAGAAAGAGAAAAAAACAAACAAAGUCAGAGAUCUACUACCCAGCUGAUUGUCAUGUAACUAAAUUAAGCCAUAGCUCUGACAGCAACAACUCAAAAGCCCACAACUAAUCAAUCAGAAACCCGUAACGCAACUUAACACCCAAACACAGAGACACACACACACAGACACUCAACUACUGCCCUAGUAAAGUAAAAAAUAUUUACCCACCCCCGGAAUAGAAACGACCAUCCUGUCAUAGGCAUUACAAUAGGUUUCUUUAUGUCCAACGCUUUUUAGCCAUGGAACGUUCAAAGAAAAAUAACGGCAGCAACAGUUGUGAAUUCGCAAAUAAUUUAACAGCCACUAAUGCAUCCGCGACAGCAGCAACAACAACAGUGAGCAACAACACAGCAGGCACAACAACAAGUCCUUGGAGCAAUAACAAAGAAUCACCACCCAAUGAGGAUGACUCGAAUGAAGAUGAUACGGAUAAUGCAACGCCGGCCAAAGUCACAGAUCCCCUGGCGCCCAAAUUAACAAAUAAUGAGCGGGUCUUGGUUGUUUCCGUAACAGAACGCCGCCGUGAAACCUGGGGCCAGAAAGCCGAAUUUCUUUUAGCCGUUAUUGGUUUUGCCGUCGAUUUGGGCAAUGUUUGGCGUUUUCCCUACAUCUGUUACCAGAACGGUGGCGGAGCUUUCCUCAUACCCUAUUGCAUAAUGUUGGUAUUUGGCGGAUUACCGCUCUUCUAUAUGGAAUUGGCAUUGGGACAAUUUCAUCGCUGCGGCUGUUUGAGUAUAUGGCGUAGAAUAUGUCCGGCAUUGAAAGGUGUCGGCUAUGCAAUCUGUCUAAUUGACAUCUAUAUGGGGAUGUACUAUAACACAAUUAUUGGAUGGGCUGUUUACUAUCUCUUUGCCUCGUUUACAUCGAAAUUGCCUUGGACGUCGUGUGAUAAUCCAUGGAAUACGGCAGCCUGUAUGCCCGUUACGAAUGCCAAUUUUAAUGCCAAUCAAACGACACCGGCCAAAGAGUUUUUUGAACGCAAAGUAUUGGAACAGUACAAAUCGGAUGGCUUGGAUUUAAUGGGUCCCGUUAAGCCAACGUUGGCUUUAUGCGUUUUUGGUGUAUUUGUUUUGGUCUAUUUCUCCCUGUGGAAGGGGGUACGCUCCGCCGGCAAAGUGGUAUGGGUCACUGCCUUGGCCCCAUAUGUGGUACUCAUCAUUCUGCUGAUACGUGGCGUGUCGCUGCCUGGCGCCGAUGAGGGUAUCAAAUAUUAUUUAACACCGGAAUGGCAUAAAUUGAAAAAUUCCAGGGUUUGGAUCGAUGCUGCCUCACAAAUUUUCUUUUCCCUGGGACCUGGAUUUGGCACCCUCUUGGCCCUGUCCAGUUACAACAAAUUUCGCAAUAAUUGCUAUCGCGAUGCAUUAAUUACGAGUAGUAUUAAUUGUUUGACCAGCUUUUUGGCGGGUUUUGUAAUAUUUUCGGUGCUUGGUUACAUGGCCCAUGUCCAAAAGACCACCAUUGAUCGUGUUGGCCUUGAGGGUCCCGGCUUGGUGUUCAUUGUCUAUCCCGAGGCCAUAGCCACAAUGAGUGGUUCUGUGUUCUGGUCCAUAAUCUUUUUUUUGAUGUUAAUAACCCUGGGUUUGGAUUCGACGUUUGGUGGCCUAGAGGCCAUGAUUACAGCUCUGUGUGAUGAAUAUCCCCGCUCCAUAGGCAGAAGAAGAGAGCUAUUUGUUUUACUGCUGCUGGCAGGCAUAUUUUUGUGUGCCCUACCCACCAUGACAUAUGGUGGCGUUUUCCUGGUGAAUUUCCUCAAUGUCUAUGGCCCCGGUCUGGCUAUUCUCUUUGUGGUGUUUGUUGAGGCGGCUGGCGUUUUUUGGUUCUAUGGCGUGGAUCGCUUUUCCAGUGAUGUGGAAAUGAUGUUGGGCAAAAGACCUGGAUUAUUUUGGCGUAUUUGUUGGACGUAUAUCAGUCCUGUGUUCCUAUUGGCCAUUUUUAUUUUCUCAUUUUUGGGCUAUGAAGAAAUGCUCGGCACCGAAUACAAAUAUCCGCAAUGGAGCAUCAAAGUCGGCUGGGCGGUUACAUGUUCCUCGGUCAUGUGUAUACCCAUGUAUAUGAUCUAUAAAUUCUUCUUUGCCUCGAAGGGUAAUUGCCGAGAGCGUUACGAUGCCUCAUUUAAGCCGAAUACAAAUCCGGGCACAGCCAUACCCGGACAACAGGGCACCAAUGUGUGACAUGGAG